UGCCUGCCGGGCGAGGGCACCGCCGCUGGGUCACCGGGCCCCGAAGGAGUCGGGGAGGGAUGGAGAAGCUGAGCAGGUGGCGAUUAGGUCAGCCCGGGAACAUUCUUGGGCCGCUCCAGGGGAUAUAAAUAACAGACCGCAGGCUCCGAAAAUGCCCGGGAUGAGGGGCAGAAUCACAGUGGCAGCUUUGAGAGUUGGAUGACCAGGUCCCUGAAGUGAUCGCGAGGCUCCAGCCCUAAAUCUGCCACCAUUCCGUGCUGCGGGGACACCAUGGCUCCAGAGGAAGACGCUGGAGGGGAGGCCCUCGGGGGUAGUUUCUGGGAGGCUGGCAACUACAGGCGGACAGUGCAGCGGGUGGAGGACGGGCACCGGUUGUGUGGGGACCUGGUCAGCUGCUUCCAGGAACGAGCCCGCAUAGAGAAGGCCUAUGCCCAGCAGCUGGCCGAAUGGGCCCGCAAGUGGAGGGGCACCGUGGAGAAGGGCCCUCAGUAUGGCACACUGGAGAAGGCCUGGCACGCCUUCUUCACUGCGGCGGAGCGGCUGAGCGCGCUACACCUGGAGGUGCGGGAGAAACUGCAGGGGCAGGACAGUGAGCGGGUGCGUGCCUGGCAGCGGGGUGCCUUCCACCGGCCAGUGCUGGGUGGCUUCCGCGAGAGCCGGGCCGCGGAGGACGGCUUUCGCAAGGCCCAGAAGCCCUGGCUCAAGAGGCUGAAGGAGGUUGAGGCUUCCAAGAAGAGCUACCAUGCAGCCCGGAAGGAGGAGAAGACUGCACAGACCCGGGAGAGCCACGCCAAGGCUGACAGCGCCGUCUCCCAGGAGCAGGUGCGCAAGCUGCAGGAGCGCGUGGAUCGCUGCACCAAGGAGUCUGAGAAGGUGAAAACCCAAUACGAGCAGACGCUGGCAGAGCUGCAUCGCUACACCCCGCGCUACAUGGAGGACAUGGAACAGGCCUUUGAGACCUGCCAGGCUGCUGAGCGCCAGCGGCUUCUCUUCUUUAAGGAUAUGUUGCUCACCUUACAUCAGCACCUUGACCUUUCCAGCAAUGAGAGGUUCCUUGAACUCCACCGUGACCUGCAUCAAGGCAUUGAGGCAGCCAGUGACGAGGAGGAUCUGCGCUGGUGGCGCAGCACCCACGGGCCGGGCAUGGCCAUGAACUGGCCACAGUUUGAGGAGUGGUCCUUGGACACACAGAGGGCAAUCAGCCGGAAGGAGAAGGGUGGCCGGAGUCCUGAUGAGGUUACUCUGACCAGUAUUGUGCCCACAAGAGAUGGCACUGCACCCCCACCCCAGUCCCCGGGGUCCCCAAGCAGUGGCCAGGAUGAGGAAUGGUCAGAUGAGGAGAGUCCCCGGAAGGCUGCCACUGGGGUGCGGGUACGGGCACUCUAUGACUACGCUGGCCAGGAAGCUGAUGAGCUGAGCUUCCGAGCAGGGGAGGAGCUGCUGAAGAUGAGCGAGGAAGAUGAGCAGGGCUGGUGCCAAGGCCAGCUGCAGAGUGGCCGUAUAGGUCUGUACCCUGCCAAUUACGUGGAGUGUGUGGGGGCCUGACCUGCCUUGGGAGCCCUUCUGCGACGUUUCUCCAAGCAGAGUCAGAAUCCAGCUUCUCGUGCACAAGCCGGACAUGAGGCCCUGAAACAUCGUGCCCACCCGCCCCUCCCCCCUCCCUGAGGAGGGAGUUGGUCCUGGGACCCGGGGAGGGGAGGGGCCUGCCUCUAGGAAGGGACUGGUAGGGAAGGGCCAACCGAGGCUGAGGGCACUGUGGGGAAGUCAAAGUGACAGAAGGGUUCAGGGGUGCCUGGGUCUCCCUCAGGAGCCAUGGACCCCAUUACUGGUCUGUUUUGGGGGCUCCUGGGGGUGUGUUUGGGGUGAGUAUAGUUCUGGGCUAAUGGCACCCUUUUUUGUGGCUUGUUCUAGUGUGUAUUAAA